UCUGUAGAUUCUAAUGGUCAUUGUGCAGCAUUUUCACAAAUUCUUCAUCAAUCUAUCAACAGGUGAAGCAGCAUUACGGAGUGAUCCCAGAAUGCAGCCUCUUCAGAUGCCUGCUACUCUCACCAAUCACCGAACGGGCCCUCCGCCAAUCAGCCCCAGUAAACGGAGGUACACGGACCAAGGAGAUGACGAACUAGACUGUGAAAAUGACCAUGUCUCCAAAAUGAGCCGAAUGUUCCCCUCUCACUUAACCAAGAGUCUUAAUGGGGAUUUCAGAAAAGACCUGCGAGACCGAAGUCGCAGUCCGAUAGAGCGAGCAGCUGCUCCGACAAUGGGGUUACAUGCAAAUCACCUGUACAGCUCAAUUCCAAGCAUCAGUAUGGAUCAGCCUCUCGCCCUCACCAAAAACAGUGACCUGUCCCGAAACCUGGGGAUCACACCUACUAUGAGCCCUGUGGAAAGACAGCAGAACCGGCCAUCGGUGAUCACCUGCGCACCAGCAAGCAACCGAAACUGCAACCUAUCUCACUGCCCCAUCGCACAUAGUGUGGUUGUGUGUCAGCCAUGCCUGCAAAUUACAGGCGACCGUCAAACACUACAACUGCUUGUGACCCUGUGGUAGAAGAACACUUCCGCCGGAGCCUCGGCAAGAACUACAAAGAGCCAGAGCCGGUUGCCAAUUCGGUGUCCAUCACCGGUUCAGUGGAUGAUCAUUUCGCCAAGGCGCUAGGGGACACCUGGCUCCAGAUCAAAGCCGCCAAGGAUGGGGUGUCCAGCAGCCCUGAAUCUGCCUCUCGAAGGGGCCAGUCCUCUCCUUCCUCUCACAUGCUCAAUCAUAAUCACUCCCCAUCUGUACUGUCGUAA